CAAACCCCCCCCCAAACCCCCGCUGAAAAACAACCAAGAGCAGCAGAAGGAGCCGCAGCCGCGACAGCAGCAACCACCACCACCACCACCACCACCACGGCUACUGCGCCGCGACGGCAAGAGGGUUAAAAGUGUAGAUUGGAUUUCACCCCGGGAAAUCCAGCGCGCGGAGUGAACUUGAAUCUUUGGCUAUUUAAGGAGGACUGGGUUUGUUGCGAAGUUGCGGGGAUCCAGGGCAGAGCCCCGUCCCGAUUGAUCUCACCUCGGGUCUCAGAUGACUGGAAAAUGAAUAGAUGAAAUUAGUCCUUUCGAGGCUUUUCUUUGGGAUCUCCAGGAAGCGCGUUUUUAAGGCGAAGUCAUGAUGUACUCUCCCAUCUGUCUCACUCAGGAUGAAUUUCACCCAUUCAUCGAGGCACUUCUUCCACAUGUCCGUGCAAUCGCCUACACUUGGUUCAACCUGCAGGCUCGAAAACGCAAGUACUUUAAAAAACACGAGAAGCGAAUGUCAAAGGAUGAGGAAAGAGCAGUCAAGGAUGAGCUACUUAGUGAAAAGCCUGAAAUCAAACAGAAGUGGGCAUCCAGGCUCCUCGCCAAGCUGCGCAAAGAUAUCCGCCAAGAGUACCGGGAGGAUUUUGUGCUCACCGUGACUGGGAAGAAGCACCCAUGCUGUGUAUUAUCCAAUCCCGACCAGAAGGGUAAGAUUAGGAGAAUCGACUGCCUGCGACAGGCUGACAAAGUCUGGCGUCUGGAUCUAGUCAUGGUGAUCCUCUUCAAAGGCAUCCCCUUGGAAAGUACGGAUGGAGAACGGCUCAUGAAAUCCCCACAUUGCACAAAUCCAGCACUUUGUGUCCAGCCACAUCAUAUAACAGUAUCAGUUAAGGAGCUUGAUUUGUUUUUGGCAUACUACGUGCAGGAGCAAGAUUCUGGACAAUCAGGAAGUCCAAGCCACAAUGAUCCUGCCAAGAAUCCUCCAGGGUAUCUUGAAGAUAGUUUUGUAAAAUCUGGAGUCUUCAAUGUGGCAGAACUUGUGAGAGUGUCCAGAACACCUAUAACCCAGGGAACUGGGGUGAACUUCCCAAUUGGAGAGAUUCCGAGCCAGCCAUAUUAUCAUGACAUGAACUCUGGUGUAAAUUUACAGAGGUCCCUGUCCUCUCCACCAAGCAGCAAAAGACCCAAAACGAUCUCCAUAGAUGAAAAUAUGGAGCCAAGCCCUACAGGAGACUUUUAUCCAUCUCCAAAUUCACCAGCUCCUGGCAGUCGGACAUGGCAUGAAAGAGAUCAAGAUAUGUCUUCUCCUACAAUGAAGAAGCCUGAAAAGCCAUUGUUUAGUCCUACGUCGCCACAAGAUUCUUCACCAAGACUGAGCACUUUUCCCCAGCAUCACCAUCCCGGAAUCCCAGGAGUUGCACAUAGUGUCAUCUCAACUAGAACUCCACCUCCACCUUCACCGUUGCCAUUUCCUGCACAAGCUAUUCUCCCUCCAGCUCCAUCUAGUUACUUCUCUCAUCCAACGAUCAGAUAUCCUCCCCACCUGAAUCCUCAGGAUACUCUGAAGAAUUAUGUACCGUCUUAUGACCCGUCCAGUCCACAAACAAGCCAGCCUAACAGCAGUGGUCAAGUAGUAGGGAAAGUGCCUGGCCAUUUCACUCCAGUUUUGGCACCCUCUCCCCAUCACAGUGCAGUGCGACCUGUGACCCUGACCAUGACAGAUACUAAACCCAUCACUACAUCCACUGAAGGUGAGGCAGCUUCACCUACAGCAACCACCUACACAGCCUCAGGCACAUCUCAAGCCAAUCGAUAUGUGGGACUAAGCCCAAGAGACCCAUCCUUCCUACACCAGCAACAGCUGAGGAUUUGUGACUGGACCAUGAAUCAAAACGGCAGGCAUUUAUACCCCAGUGCCAGUGAGGAUACAUUGGGAAUUACUUGGCAAAGUCCUGGUACCUGGGCUAGCUUGGUCCCUUUUCAAGUAUCCAACAGGACGCCAAUCCUGCCAACAAAUGUCCAAAAUUAUGGUUUGAACCUAAUUGGAGAACCUUUCCUUCAAGCAGAAACAAGCAACUGAGGGAAAACAAAGUAAAACAAAAACAAAAAACAACAACAAAAAAAAAAAAACAGGAAAAGAAAAGGAAGACGGGACAAAAAAAUGAAACUGAAGAAAGAAGAAAAAUAGACCAGCAAUUGCAGCACUUACAAUCACUAAUUCCCUUAAGGUUGAAACUGUAAUGAAAUAAAAAGGGUCGAUGAUAUUUCACUGAUGGGUAGAGCGCAGCCCCUGCUAAGUAGCCUUUGUUAUAUGAAGUCCGCUGGGAAAUAGAUGUUCUGUCUCUAUGACAAUAUAUUUUAACUGACUUUCUAGAUGCCUUAAUAUUUGCAUGAUAAGCUAGUUUUCUUGGUUUAGUAUUCUUGUUGUUUACGCAUGGAAUCACUAUUCCUGGUUAUCUCACAAAACAAAGGCUAGGAGGCAGCAACAGAGCUGCUUGAUGACAAGGGCCUUGAGCCAGCCAUUUUAUAAAUACUCUGAUUUCCUAAAGUUCGAAACAAAAAUCCAAGCUCUCUAGCCUUUAGUUAUCAGAACCAAUUUAAUAAACUUUGGCCCUUUAUCCAGCCUUUUCCAGUAUGUAACCCAGUUUGAAAUCUUUAAAAAGGAAGUCUGAACACAAAAGCUCUAUGGAGAAUGCCUCUAUGUAGGUAAAGUGUUAUCUCUGCAUGCAACAGUAAAAAUUAAUAUAAUAUUUUCCCCAUAAAAGAAACACUUAACAGAGGCAAGUGCAAUUUUAAAAUUUAUAUCUAAAGGGGAAGCAUCAUUAUAAGUCCUUCAGCCCUUGGACUCUAAAUUGAGGGGAUUAAAAAAGAAUUUUAAAUAAUUUUGAACAAAUUUAUUUUCCCCUCAGUUUUUGAGGGCAUUAAAAGGCAUUAAAUCUAGACAAAUCAUGUGCUUGAGAAGAUGAAAUUAAUGGAAACACAGCACUUACGUUGGUUUAGCUACUGCCUCCGUAGAGGUAGAAUGUAUUUAUUUAAAAUUACUGGUUGCAUCAAGAACCCAUAGGGUGUACAAAAGGUUCUAUAAAAUCUGCAUCAUAGAGACAAAGAGGCAGGCAAAUCCAUGUCACUAGGGCAAAGCUUACAGUUUACAAACUGGGAAUGCCAGGGGGUAGGAUAUAAAAAUGCACUCUUGAGAAAACAAAAGUAAUCAGGGUGCAGAAACUUGCAUGGUGCUUUCAGAAAUUAGCCUUGUUCAACAAAUUUCACGUUAUCAACAGAACUGUAGUGUGCAUGGGCAGACACAUUUUGCCUCUAUGUCUCUUAAAAUUUUAAUUAAAAAUGACUCUUUCCAGUAAUCCUAAUUUGCACGAAGAUAUAAUGUCCACAUUACGUGCCUUGCCUUGAAAUCGAAAAAAGUGACAUCACUACACUUGUUUUGCUGCAUUUAUUAUCAUUUUAAAUCUUUACCAUUUUUAUGACAAAAUAUUUUGUACUCCAGAUGAAAAAAAAGUGUGACAUCAUGGAUUUUUUAGACAGUUAUACCUUUAUCUCACAUUUAUAAAGCAUAUCAUGGCUGUGUAUAGUUGCCGCUUAAAAAUUGUAAUCGACCAGCAAUAUUUUCAGUAUUUUGGUGUUUUUUCUAUUAAUCUUUCAUGUUUUUCAUCUUCCAAUUAAUAUUUUGGGGGAGGGGGGUGUUCAAAUUUAUACGAAUUAUGCAAUACCAAGUUUUGCCUAUGUAGGUAGUGCUUUUAGCUGUAUUGGUUAUUAUAGGUAAGUACACAGAUUAAAAAAAAAAAGAGAAUAAUGUAUGCUUUUUUUGUUUGUUUGUUUUAAUUGACCAAAGUGGGUACUGCUAUUUUUGCAGUGUGAUGAGGUCCUUUUGUGUACUGAGAGAUGGACAGGGUUUUUUUUUUAUACAUAUAUGUAUAUAUGUAUAUAUAUGUGCACAUAUAUAUACAUAUAUAUAUACACAUAUAUAUUCUGGGGUGGGUGGGAGGAUUUUUAACACUUUACAGUGUAGCUGUGAAGCAGUGCACCCUUAGACAGGCAUGGGCUGCAAAGCGACUGUUCUGCCUACUGUGACAAACUUUAAAAUAGGUUCCCUCUCUUUAACUUCCCACCUGGGGUGCAAGCUGAAUUCAUUUCUGGAUCUUUUUUAAAGUCCAGAAUUCUGUUGGAGGCAGACUUGGCUUGAGGAUAUUGUUUGACUUUUUCUUUUUUCCUUUUUCUUUGAGAGGUCAAGACCCACAGUGAGAGUGAGUUGUCUUAUAUCUGGCAAAGAUAUAUAGUAAAUGGUCCACUUCAGAGGGUGUUUUUCACUCGCAAUUUAACACAGGAACAUACUUUCUUCUACAAAAUCCAUAUCCCCAUUUGGACUAUCUGCUGCAGCAAGCCUCUGUUGCCUGACUUCUCAUUUUAAUAAUACUUGGACUGAUUUACACUUGUCUUCAUAUUGCAAGCAGAUGGCAGUGCUCUUGAGUCUUUUCAGAUGAAAAGGCCAGGAAGUAGCUAUUCUCAGCUGUAAUUUGGACUGAUGAAGAGAAAAGUUCAUUUUCAGGCAGGAAAAAUCUGACCAAAUAUGGUUCCAUUUGUUCUUUUUCGGUUCUGGGGAAUGGUAGCAGAAGGGGAAUACAGAAUUCAAGAACGUGAUUGUGUACGGAUGAGUUCAACCCACAAUUAAUGGUGAAUGAAAUUGUGGAUUUUGGAGGGAGUGGAAGCAGGGGGAGGGGGGCAGGAGGCCUCACAUUUAUAUUUGAUAAUUUAAUGAGGAAACCAACUUUAUGUUGCUCUCUCUCUUUUUCUUGAGCCCCAUAGUGUGAAUUGAUUCAUAGAACAUCUAGCUGUUAGAGCCACUGAAACAUGGUAGGUUGUCUUGAGGGACAGCCCCCCUCACCCCGGUAGGCUAUGGUCUAAUGAUAUAAACCAUCUAUUGUUCUCACAGCACAUCAUUUAAUAAUGAAUUCUUAUGAACAGUGAUCAUGUGCUGAGAAUUGUAUUCGAUUAGCCCAUUCAGUAUGAUGUCCCCAAAUGCUGAAUAGCACAGCAGGAUGAGAAGAGUGCACGUUCAGAAGUAAGUGCAAUAAUUUCUGUGAUACUUACUCUAGUAGACAACAGAUGAUCAUAACUGAGCUUUUCACAUAUCUUUGACCUAGUGUGUGAAUGAAUCAACCUCACAAGACACACAGUAUUUUUUCUAAAGGCAGACUCACUCUCUUGGUGCAAACGAAUGAGCCUUCCUCUCUGAAGUCUUAGCAAAACUGUGGGUUGUCCUGCCUGCCUCUUCAAUAUCAAGGCCUGAUUUGAGUUGGUUUUGGGGCGGGGGGGGGGAAAAAUCAACCUUUUUUAAAAGAUCGAAAGAUUUGGAAAACUACAUAUUGAGGACUCAAAUCCAGUCUUUGGCCUCCUCCUUCACCGGGAAGUGUAUUCUGACUAAAGAAGAACCCACUCCUGUAGCUCUUGUGUGUCCCUCCCGUACCCGGAACUUCAGAGCAUCAGGGUGGUGGUCGCUACACGAGGGCUGCAGGAGGAGGUGCUUUUUCAAGCCACCCCGUUCUACGUGCACUGUUCUGCCUUUAUUUAGUUGUUUUGCAGCCCUGGCCACUUGGCAGUGCCACUGAAGUGUGUUUCCCCUGGAGUGACAUGAACGUUUAAGGCUUGACUAAGAAAAAAAGGCAGUGAAGGAGACUGUACAUAAAGACGUGGCAAAAAUAUUAAUUAUAGCAAUAUAGUUGUGGGGUAAUGUUCAGGUGGGCAGCUCCAUUAAAAAAAAAAAAUAUGUGAAUGAAUCUGUGAAGCUGCAAGUAGCAAGAAGAACGGAAAGUCUUCUUAACGAACCGCCUACCUUGUAGACAGUAAUUUGUACACUGUAUAGUUUUGUUAAGAUUUUUUUUUAAUUAAAGUUCCCUUGUUUGUAAAGCUAACUUUUUAACAAUUAUAAUGGAACUAUAUGUUGUUUCCAUUUUUAAAGUAAACAAGAAUAUUCCUUGUUUGGAAACUGGACUUGGGUUAAAACUCUCCAGUUUCUUAAGUUAUGUAUUAAAAAAAAAAAUCUGUCCAUGCUAGGAGUUAUUUCGCAGAUUCCUGUGCUUGAAAAGCAUAGGUUACUAAUCCUUUAAAAAAAAAUUGUAAAUGGAGAAAAGUUAUAUUUUAUGAAGGUUAUUUUGUUGUAUUUAGUAUUGGAAAAGUUGGUUUUCAGAGCAUUUCAGAAUGUUGGAAGCACCACUGUCUUUUUAUUAGUGUAUAAUGGCCUUUAGCAAAAGUUUUUGUGAUUGUUACGUGAUGGUAUUUAAGAUUAGGUUCACAGAGCAUUCAGGAUAGGCAGAGAACUAAGACAGUACUUAUGUCUCACAUAACUGUGUCCUCAGGGAGCAGAAUUUUGGAUUUGUGACUUGUAGCUUCAUAAGGACUUAAUGGAAGAGAUGCACAGGGACAUAUUCAGCAGUGUGACACCAGAGCGGGUUCUUUCCUAAACUCAAAAUUCUAUGUGAUGUGUAAAAUUUUGAAGGCUGCAGAAAGUUAGCCCAUAUUCAGUGUACAGUAUUCGCAUUUAAUGAAACAACUCAAAACUGUUGCUGGCAGUUAGGCCCCAAGCAUGACAUCCAAUAUAGUUUACAUGUUCCUGUCAAGGUCUUUUGUUAACAUUAACCAGCUGCAUGCUUCCUGGACUUUUUUAUUGGGUUUCUAUAGAAAACUUUUUUUAAAAAUGUGCAGGCUAAUCUAGCUUAACAGGAAAAGCUCAAAAUUGAAUGUUCUACUCCAUGCCGAAGGAGCGCCGAAAACUGACUCCUUCAUAUUUGCACUUUCUGGUAGUCCCCCUGCUUUUCUAAUUCCUCAAAAUUGUGUGGGUGUGGUGGAGCACUGCAGUUGGAGGAUAACAUGGACCACUGAUUUUGCCCUUUAACCCUGCACAAUGACCUUUGCAUCAGCCAAACCUAUUGCCAUGACAACUCUUUGUACUGUUUCCAUGCCACAGCUCUGUUGGUCACAUUGUUAAUAGUAAAGGGGACAAGUUGGAGACGGUCAAUUUUUACAUUUUUUGUUGCAAUUUUUUCUUCAAUGGUUGUAAGUAGUUUUUUUUUUUAUAAUAAAAGGGUUCACUAGUUAUUACUCUUUAGAAAUAUCUGUGUGUUGCAAUUCAAAUGUAUGUUGAAUUUGUGAAAAGGGCUUCAGUGCCACUAGCAUACAAGUACGCUAGACUAAGCCUUUGAUUCUUUUAUUGCAUGAUACAGUACCAGUAAAACAAAAGGUGGCCUAAAUAAAUGAAAAGCAGUGUGAGCUAGUGACACUAAAGCCAGGCUUUGUAUUACUGUAUUUUUGACAGAAUGGUUUUGAAAACUGUGCUACAGGGACUGAUGUGGCAAAUGUAUCUCUUUAUGCAGAAGGAAGUUUUUUUAAGAAGUAUGGCUUAUUAUGCAUUCUUCAUUGAGGGCAUUGAAGUUGCAUGGACUGAUAAAAGUUGAUGCAAAAUGAGAAAGAAACAAAAAACCAGCAAAAUGUUUACCAAAAAACUCAAACAAAUGAGCAGUGCCUGUUCAAUUUCACAGUCUCUGUUGAGUUCAGUUGUAAAUAUGUUUCAAAUAACAUUUUCUUCAAAAAAAAUCUCUACAACAUUGUAGAAUAUGAGGGGUAACUCAAUCCCAGGUAUAGGCUUCUCAAAAGCUGCAUUAGAUUAUGUCUUCAUCAAGCUGUUAAUUUGUGCUUAUAUCAUAUAGAACUUUUAGUAGACUGGGAAGAGGUGCCCCAUCUCAAUGAUAUUUCUCUGAGAACAACUUUUGUAGGGCUGUGUGUUUCUUUAGAUACAUUUAGUACAACUGUAGGUGACAAGUAGUCAGUUAUUGCUUGCUAGCUACACACCAGGGUUGAUCCAUUUUGAAACUUUUGGCAUUUUCUCUCCACGGGCCAUAAAUACUGAAUUUUGUAUUUUAAUUAAAAAAAAAAAAGGAGGUGCGUGCACGGCCUUAGUGUAACAAACCUUUUUAACAGUUGGAUGCAUUACUCUACAGUUACUUAACUUUGGGAGCGCGGGCCUCUGGCAUCAUACCCAGAUUAGGCCAGGAUGUUAGCAAAGGUUUUCUUGUGCCUAGUUGGACAAUGACGCUCUUUUGGGUACUUCUCGUGGGUUGCAAAUGAAUUUAAAUGCCACAAGUUUUAAACUGGUGUAAAUCAAGCUUGACUUAAUGUGAUUGUUACUGUUAUAUCCAGCCUAUACUGCUAGCAGCUGCUCAUACUGCAGUCAAUUACUGGAAGCGGAUAUAUUUCCUAUGCAAAAACUGUUUAAACAAUAAAAUGAGCUAUGCUACAGGC